AUGGCAUCAAAGAUACCUGAAGCAGAUGAUCAACAAAAUGAUACUAGCAUUCGCUUGGAUACAGGUGUAUAUAUCGAAGAUGAUUGUUCCGAAAUGAACGACAAUGCAGUCGAAGAGGAUAAUACUCCAGAGCAUGAAGAGAAUAAUGUCCCAGAGCCUGAAGAGGAUAAUACGCCAAUAUCACAAGCAGAAGGAUACAUCCGUACUUCAUCGAGGUCUACAAAGGGUAUACCACCAAAACGAUUGAUAGAAACAUGUAAGUUGGCUUCAAACUUCAUACCUGAAGAACCACUGAUAUAUGAGCAAGCCAUGAGCAGUCCAGAAAGCCAACAAUAG